UCCCGGAGUUGAUAUAAACCGCAUUGAUAAGCACAGCAGUGGCCACAGUCGAGCUGUGAUUCUUGAAGGUGACCGAUCGCAGAGAGUUCGUGGUCUACAGUGAAGAAGAAUUUCGGUAGCAGUGAAAAUGUGCGAAAAGGGUUCCCAGUGCUACAAGCGCUACCAGGAGUGGGAGAACAACGAGGAGAUUCAGAUCUUUCGCGAGUACCUGCGGAUUCCCUCGGUGCAUCCCGAUGUCAAUUACGACAAAUGCGUCGAGUUUCUGACCCGCCAGGCGGAAGGCCUCGAGCUACCGGUUCAGGUGAUCGAGUUCAACCCGGGCAAACCGAUCGUUGUGAUAACCUGGGAGGGAACCGAUCCGACCGCGAAAUCUAUCAUCCUGAACUCGCACACCGACGUGGUGCCGGUAUAUGCCGAGCGAUGGUCCCAUCCGCCGUUCGCAGCCGAAAUGGACAACGAGGGCCGGAUCUACGCACGCGGUGCGCAAGACAUGAAGUGCGUUGGUAUGCAAUUUUUGGCGGCGAUUCGGGCGCUCAAGCGAGACGGAGUCCGUCUGAAGAGGACAAUUCACGCAACGUUCGUACCGGAUGAGGAGAUUGGUGGCAAGCUGGGCAUGAAGGAAUGGGUCCAUAAGGACAGCUUCCUGAAGCUGAAUUGCGGGUUCGCGAUUGAUGAAGGAAUCGCCGGACCGGGUGAGGAGUACCCGCUGUUCUACGGAGAACGCAGCGUUUGGCAUCUGCUUUUCCACAUCAGUGGAACCCCCGGUCAUGGGUCACUGCUUCUGAAAGAUACUGCAGGUCAGAAAGCCCGUUACAUCAUCGAUAAGUUAAUGGAUAUGCGGGAAAGGGAAGUCAAGAAGAUGGAAGAUAACCCGGAACUGACCAUCGGUGAUGUAACGACCAUCAACAUCACGAUGAUGUCGGGAGGCGUGCAAAGUAACGUAGUUCCGCCCGAGCUAAUGGUAUGCUUCGACGUCCGCGUGGCCAUCGACGUAAAGCACCUGGAGCUUGAAAACCAGUUGCUGGAUUGGUGUCGCGAAGCGGGCGGUGGCAUUGAGCUCGAGUACGACCAGAAGUGCCCCUACGUGAAGCCCACCAAACUGGAUGGAUCCAAUUCAUACUGGGUAGCAUUUAAGAACGCCAUCGAUGAGCUGGGCCUGAAGGUGAAACCGCAGAUUUUCCCCGGUGGAACCGACAGCCGCUAUAUUCGGGGAAUUGGCAUCCCUGCGAUCGGAUUUUCUCCAAUGAACAACACACCGGUGCUUUUGCACGAUCACGACGAGUUUCUGCAUGCGGAAACCUACCUGAAAGGUAUCGAAAUUUACCGUAAAAUAAUUACCAAUGUUGCUAAUGUGUAGUUCUACUAAGCCAUACGAGUAAAACAUUUUUUUAAUCCAAAAAA